AUGAAUCUGGCUCCACCUCUAAACCUGCCACUAGGAGGAGCAUUCGCACAACCCCCAAACUCUGAAGAUUCCCCCAGCAAUGCCACGGUCUCCAGUCGUUUAACGAAUGCGCAAUGGGAAGAAUUUACGAACCCGACCCUUUGGGAUCCAGAAUUACUGCAGUCCGUGAUCGCAAUCGACCACAUUAUUGACCUCAAAGUGGGUGGUGCGUCAAGACGCAUCCCCAGAGUUGAGGAGAAGGCUAUCAUCGAUCCUAAUGGCCUUGGAAUACUUAAACUCUUGUCUCUGGAGGUGCUAUAUGAGAUUAUUGACCACAUGGAUUUCACGACCAUUUCGAAAUUCUCUCAGACUUGCCACUACGCCCAUACUGCUGUCAAGCAUCACCCGAGUCACAGGGUCCUCGCCGAACAUUGCCCUUCCCUUUGCAAGACCGUUGAUCGUUUGGGUUUGGGAUAUUGGAAUAGUCUCCGCAAUUUCAGAGCCGAGCUACACUUUCCCAACUGCAGAUCCUGUGGCUCAAGCGGUGCGUACAUCUUUCUUCCAACUUGCGAGCGUAUCUGCAUCAAUUGUUGCGAGAAUAAUAAGGACUACUGGUGCAUCAUGAUAGAUGAAGCUUUGGAUGCAUUUGCUCUCGAAACAGUAGAUCUUUUCCAUAUACCCAUUGUUCAGCUGUCAACAAUGGUGUACCGAAUGAGGGCCUUCCCCAACGCAGUCAAACAAUCCGGGUACUACUGUCCUGUAAAAUGCGGCGUAGAAGCUGGUAUCAAGCGUUGGGGCAGCAGGCAAAUGAUGCAAAUUCAAGGUGAUCAUUUGUCCCCGGACAAACACCCCGAUGUAUCCAGCGCUGAAUUGAGAGACGGGGAGUUAUUUCGACUCUACCGUAGUGUCGAACCCCCACCUGAUAUCCUGACAUGGCCGGUACAGAAGCCUCGCCCGCCCUACAAAAAUCACAAUCCUUUGUUCAGCAACAUCGCCUUGCCGUUUCCAUACGCGAAGUACCUGACUGCCGAGCCCGAACGCCAUUUCUUGUGCAGGGGAUGUUUAUGGCUGGGCGAGCGGACGACCCGUCCUGAUCCGGCUAUGCUCUCAUAUAUGUGCCUUCCUUUGGGCCUGAACGACACGGAAGUUUCGGUUGAGUUGAGGCAACGUGCUCGUACUGCACGAACUUGGCCCCAGAUGACGAUUCACGCCAUUGACUGUCUUGGUUGUGGCGUAUUGAUGUGGGAUUAUGUCACUGAGGACUUCCAAAGCGACUAA